AGGGAAAAUACAUGUUAGGGUUUGUAUCUGCCUCCAGCGCCACAUCCCAUACCUUAGAGCGGGGAGAGGAGCAGAAGAGGAGCAGAGGGCACUUGUGGAGGAGCGAAAAUGAAGACAAUCCUGUCGUCGGAUACCAUGGACAUCCCUGAGGGGGUGAAGAUCAAGGUGAAGGCUAAGAUGAUCGAGGUGGAAGGUCCUCGAGGAAAGCUCACCAGGAACUUCAAGCAUCUCAACUUGGACUUCCAACUCAUCAAGGAUGAAUCAGGCAAGCAGAAGCUUAAGAUUGAAGCUUGGUUCGGAUCAAGGAAGACCACCGCUGCGAUCCGGACGGCCAUUAGCCAUGUCCAGAAUCUCAUCAAGGGUGUCACCAAGGGUUACCGCUACAAGAUGAGGUUCGUAUAUGCUCACUUCCCUAUCAACGCCAGCAUCACCAACGGCAACAAGAGCAUCGAGAUUCGUAACUUCCUUGGUGAGAAGAAGGUGCGGAAGGUGGAUAUGCUUGAAGGAGUGUCUAUUGUUCGCUCUGAGAAGGUUAAGGAUGAACUUGUAUUGGAUGGGAAUGAUAUUGAACUUGUCUCCCGGUCAGCUGCUUUAAUAAAUCAGAAAUGCCAUGUUAAGAACAAAGAUAUAAGAAAGUUUCUAGAUGGUAUUUAUGUGAGCGAGAAGGGUGCAAUGGCUGAAGAUGAGUGAUUUAGGAAUGGUACCUUACUUUUUGUUUUGUCACCUUAUUUACCGGCACUUUCUUUUAUAGGAAUACUCCAGUGUUUUUUCUGUUUUCAGUUGGUUCUUUUUAUCAGACGUUUACAAUUAGAAUUGAGAAUUUUGUAUGUUGAACUUAAUGAGAUCUUGAUUAGUGCUGAUGGUGCGUGUUUCUUCC